AUGCGUUUCACUUCUGCCCUCAUUCUGCCUUUGGCCUCGGUUGUCUCUUUGAUCUCCGCCAUGGAAGCUCCCAUCCCAGGCUACGACGUCUUCAUUCCUGAAUGGGAAGUCAAGGCAACUCCAGAUGGAGAGACCCUCCGCAUCAACGGCACCGUUGAGGAGGUCGUCGCCGAGCUUGAGCAAAUCAACCCGCACUAUCGGCGAUCAAUUGGUCUCGACGACCCUACCUUGAUGGCACGACAGCAAGAGGAGCUUGAGAAGCGCCAGAUGGUACAGUUUCACCGCCAGAACGGCAUCUGCGACCACUUCAGGGGAGCCGAUACUGGCCAGAUCAUGGCUGCUGUGCAAUACCUCAACUGGGUUACGGGUAGGCCCCGAAACGGCGGCGGCCCGGCCAACUGCGGCCGAGUUUCUUGCGGGUACAAGACUGCGGUUUGGUUCUGCAACGACGCCCCCCAGCCCAGAGAAUUGAGGUCGUUCAGAGACAUAUCCGACGGCGUCUAUGCCAUUCAAAAUGUCUGCCACAAGAGUCGCAAGUCUUACUCAGGUCAGGCAUUCCAUGUUGACAUGUGGAAUGUCAUUAUCCGCUGGGAGGACUGCUGA